AAUGGGGCUUCCACUUAAAAGAAUUAUUAGCAGAAUGACUUUGCUACAAAUCUUGGCUUCUGCAGUAGGGGAAGAUGUAAUUUUUAACAAAAGCUAUGUUGUUGGAUUUGAGGAUCAUGGACAUAAGGUUACUGUGAUGCUUGAAAAUGGAAAACAAUAUGAAGGUGAUCUCUUAGUUGGAGCUGAUGGAAUACAGUCCAAGGUGAGGCAGAGCUUAUUUGGGCCACAAGAAGCUGUAUACUUGGGGUACACUUGUUAUUCUGGUAUUGCAGAUUUUGUGCCAGCUGAUAUUGAGUCUGUUGGGUUCCGUGUACUUUUGGGACACAAGCAAUACUUUGUUUCCUCAGAUGUUGUUGCUGGAAAGAUGCAGUGGUAUGCUUUUCACAAGGAACCACCUGGUGGUGUGGAUAGCCCCCAUGGUAAAAAGGAAAGGUUGCUGAAAAUAUUUGAAGGUUGGUGUGAUUAUGUGAUAGAUUUGAUAAUUGCCAGUGAUGAAGAUGCAAUUCUUCGACGUGAUAUAUAUGACUUGACGCCCACAUGCACUUGGGGAAGAGGGCAUGUAACGUUGCUUGGGGAUUCUGUACAUGCCAUGCAGCCAAAUAUGAGUCAAGGGGGAUGCAUGGCCAUUGAGGAUAGUUAUCAACUUGCAGAGGAGCUGGACAAAGCAUGGAGGCAAAGUGUUGAGUCUGGAACUCCUAUUGAUGUUGUUUCUUCUUUAAGGAGGAGACUGCGAGUUGCCAUUAUCCAUGCAAUGGCCAGAAUGGCUGCCAUUGCAGCUUCAUAUUACAUGUCUUAUUUGGAUGUAGGGCUUGGUCCAUUGUUGUUUUUGAAAAAAUUUUGGAUACCACAUCCAGCAACAGUUGGUUGCAGAUUUCUUGUUGACUUAGCAAUGAGAUUAAUCAUCAGUUGGGUCUUUGGUGGCGGCAGUUUGAAAUUUGAAGGCAGGUCACCAUGUUGCAGACUCUCGGAAAAGGCAAAUGAUCAGUUUCUGAGAUGGUUGGAGGACGACGAUGCACUAGAGCUAUCUAUUAAUGGAGAUUGGUUUUUGUUACCGUUUGGAAAUGAAGCAGCUGUUUCAGAACCUAUUCAUUUAAGUAGGGAUGAGAACAGAGACUGCAUAAUUGGGUAUCUGUUUGCAUUUAAGAUGAAGGUGUCUUAUGUUUUAUGUAUGCAUGUACCUCUCUGUCUAUAAUGUGUCUGGAUGCUCUAGUAAAUAUAUAGCGGUUGAGGAAGGGAGUUUGAGGGAGGACAAAUUUUGAGCAAAAGCAUAAAAUAAAAUUUGACUAAUGUUCUCCUACACUGAUCUGUAUUUUGAUGAUCAAUGAUGACUGCAGAAGUGAAAAGCAAGAGAAUUCUCCAGGAACAUAUUUGAUAACCUGACGUUCCCCUCAGGUAUCCAAUGCACAUGCUCGUAUCAGCUACAGAGAUGGUGCAUUCUUUCUUACUGAUUUACAAAGCAAAUAUGGGACCUAUAUCAUUAAGUACGUUGUCUUCCUACAUCUUUAUUUAUUUACUAUCAUUUUUUAAUUUAAGAUUUUAUUAUGAAAAUUUAUUUUCCUUACAUUAAUUUGCACCAAUGACGGGAGGAGGUAUAGGAUACGUCCAAACUCUUGUGCUCGAUUCCGUCCAUCAAAUAUUAUUGAGUUUGGCUCUGAUAAGAAGGCCACUUUUCGCGUUAAGGUGAUGAGAUCUCCACCAAAGCCUGCAGAGAAGGAAGAGAAUCAAGCAUGUCGAAUUUUACUAAUUUAAAUUAAUUAGAAACUGCAACAAUCUGUUCUAGAUUAGUGUCAAAAGUCAAAUCAAAAGGCAAGAAUCGUCAAUGUAAUCAAACUUGCCAAAGAUAUCUUGGGUUGAAAAAAGGAAUCUAGAAAAAACAAAAUCUGAUAUAAAGAAAUAAUUGUUGCACCUAAUUGGUUAAGCUAAAUAGAUUAGGAUUCUAGAAAAUUGUUAGACUCUGUUAAGAAGUGAAGUCAAAUUUGAACCGAAAGACGGAAAUGCAAAAAUAAUAUUAAUAUAAUAUU